AUGUUCAAACUGAUCGCCGUUUUGUUCGCCGCCUCUCUCCUCCUUCUCUCAUUCACAACUGCACUUCCCGUUGAUGGGCUUCCUGCUGGAAAAGCGCAGUAUGGAGGUGGGAGUGCGUGUAACCCAAAUCCGUGUCCAACAGCCUACUGUACAACUCAAUGCAAGAGCAGCUACGGCGUCGACUAUUGUAUCCCGUCAAAAUUAUUCAAUCAACACUCAAAGAUGAAAUCCAUCCUCGUAGCAUUCUUCAUGAUUCAAGUCUCCCUAGCUAUCAACUGUGUUGUCAAAAUUGGAGCAAGUCCAAAACUUUCACCUAAUUCGCCAUCGAUGAAAUGUGUAUGCGGUGAUUACUGUGCCUCGUUUUUCUCCAAUGGUUUAUACUAUUGGGGUUGUGGUUGUGGAUCCACUCAGACUGGAGAACUUUUUAAUGGAUGUCUGUACAGCGGCGACAACUACGAGGUCAACUGUUGCCCUGGCGAUUUCUGCAACAAGAAGGAUCAAAUUGGACCCAAACAAGCAAGCAACAAAAACCAUUUGAUUAAGCUACUCAAAAUU